AUGGGUGAUCCUACUGGCGAGCCGGGAAGCUCCAUGCAUGGAGUCACCGGAAGAGAACAGAGCUUUGCUUUCUCGGUGGCUUCACCGAUGGUCACGACCGACAAGACGGCCCACUUUGACCUGCCGGUGGACACAGAGCAUAAGGCAACGAAAUUCAAGCUCUUCUCAUUUGCCAAACCUCACAUGAGAACGUUCCAUCUGUCGUGGAUCUCCUUCUCCACAUGUUUUGUCUCCACAUUCGCAGCUGCACCACUUAUCCCCAUCAUCCGAGAGAAUCUCAACCUCACGAAACAGGACAUCGGAAACGCCGGAGUUGCCUCGGUCUCGGGGAGUAUCUUCUCUAGGCUGGUGAUGGGAGCCGUGUGUGAUCUUCUAGGUCCACGUUACGGUUGUGCCUUCCUUGUGAUGCUUUCCGCACCAACGGUGUUCUCGAUGAGCUUCGUGAAUGGAGCCGCAGGGUUCAUAACGGUGAGGUUCAUGAUUGGGUUUUGCCUGGCGACGUUUGUGUCUUGUCAGUACUGGAUGAGCACUAUGUUCAAUAGUCAGAUCAUUGGUCUGGUGAACGGGACAGCCGCCGGAUGGGGAAACAUGGGCGGCGGCAUAACGCAGUUGCUCAUGCCGAUUGUCUAUGAAAUCAUAAGGCGUUGCGGUUCCACAGCGUUCACUGCCUGGAGGCUCGCCUUCUUUGUCCCCGGUUGGUUGCACAUCAUCAUGGGAAUCUUGGUUCUCACGUUAGGUCAAGAUCUGCCUGAUGGGAACAGAGCUGCCUUGGAGAAAAGGGGGGAAGUUGCCAAAGACAAAUUCGGAAAGAUUAUGUGGUAUGCCGUUACAAACUACAGGACUUGGAUCUUCGUUCUUCUCUAUGGAUACUCCAUGGGAGUUGAGUUGAGCACUGAUAAUGUUAUCGCCGAGUACUUCUUCGACAGGUUUCACUUGAAGCUUCACACAGCCGGGAUCAUAGCAGCAUGUUUCGGAAUGGCCAAUUUCUUCGCUCGUCCAGCAGGAGGCUGGGCAUCUGACAUUGCAGCCAAAUACUUCGGAAUGAGAGGAAGGUUGUGGGCGUUGUGGAUCAUUCAAACGGGCGGUGGUCUCUUCUGUGUGUGGCUCGGCCGCGCCAACACCCUCGUCACUGCUGUUGUAGCUAUGGUCCUCUUCUCUUUAGGAGCACAAGCCGCUUGUGGAGCUACCUUUGCAAUCGUCCCCUUCGUCUCCCGGCGAGCCCUAGGUAUCAUCUCGGGUCUCACCGGGGCUGGAGGGAACUUUGGCUCAGGGCUCACACAGCUCAUCUUCUUCUCGACUUCACGUUUUACAACUGAAGAAGGGCUAACGUGGAUGGGAGUGAUGAUCGUCGGUUGCACGUUGCCUGUGAUGUUAAUCCACUUUCCUCAGUGGGGAAGCAUGUUCUUGCCUCCAUCCAGUGAUCCAGUCAAAGGUACGGAGGAGCACUAUUAUGGUUCCGAAUGGACUGAGCAAGAGAAGGAGAAGAACAUGCAUCAAGGAAGUCUCCGGUUUGCCGAGAACGCCAAGUCUGAGGGUGGCCGCCGCGUCCGGUCUGCUGCUACGCCGCCUGAGAGCACACCCAACAAUGUUUGA